AUGCCGCCGCAGGCGGCGAGUGAUGAGGCUCCGGAGAAGGAGAGCCGCAGUCGGUCCCGCAGCACGGAAGCUAGAGUAGGGGGAGGAGCGGGAGAGAAUGGCGAGGGGGGCUCAGAUUCCGCAGCCGUUGUUGCGGCAGCAGCAGCAGCUGCUGCGCGUGCAGCUGCAGCACGGAAGGCAGCAGCAGAUGAUGCGAACUCAACCCUCACCCGGCUUAUGCCGGCAGCAAGCAAAGUCAGAACGACGUAUGCUCCUGUGGUAACUGGCCAGGAAGCUGCUGCUGCAGUAGCUGCUGCGGCAGAUGCUCGCAGCAAGCUAGCGCAGAGUCUAAAUGCAAUGUUCCAGCCUCCCCCACCUUCUUCUCCACCGCCUGCAUCUCAAGGAGGAGCGAAUAAUGCAUCCCCGCCGCCGCCCGCUGGACCACCCCCGACUGCCCAGGCGCCGCCACACUCGGCUCGCGCGACUGUACACACCGAGUCAGAUCGCAUUGCGCGGCGGUUGUUUAUCAACAACAUCCCACCUGGCACAACCGAGGCCGACAUAUGCGGCUUCUUCAACGGCGCGUUACUGGCGGUCAAUGCGCAAACAGGCUUUACGGAUCUGUCUCUCGCGAGUGACAAGCCGCAGUUGCUACCAGUGGAGAGGUGUGAAGGCCUCCAGGAGAAUGGCCGCUUCUGCUUUCUAGAUUUGCGGUCUCACGAGUGGGUAGUUCUCUGCCUCAAACUCGACGGUAUUACUUUCAAUAAUAAUUCUCUUAGGGUGAUGCGACCCAAAGAAUAUGUACAGCCACCCGGAGGCGACCCUGCGAAAACAGUGCACAUCCCAGAACUCGAGCGGACCCCAAAACCCGCAGAGAACGAGGUACGCGCUACAGCACCUCCACGAAGUGCAGACUGCAAGCUCUACAUCCAGAACUUGCCGCAGGAGAUGGGAGAGGACCAGGUACGCGACUUGCUCGAACAGUUCGGCAAGCUUAGAGUUCUUAACCUGAUUAAGAACAGGCAAACUGGGCAGCACCGUGGCUACGGCUUUUUCGAAUACGAAGACCCGGACGUAACGGAUCAGGCUAUAGAAGCCUUGAACGGCUUCGUGUGUGGCGCUACCGUGCUUAGCGUCCAGCGAUCGAACUUCAUGCCUGACUUAUUACCGACUAAACAACACACAACAGAGGUCACUGCUCUACCGGCUUCCACUUCUUACGCAGUACUGUCUGACCCAAUCGUCGCCAUUCAAGUUCGGGCCGGGCGAACUAUCGGGGAAAAGCCUUCGCGCGUUGUCCAACUCUUGAAUACGAUUUACCCCGAAGAUGUGAUGACAGACGCGAGCCACGAGACGGCCGUCAAGGAUAUCCGUUCCGAGGCAGAGAAGUAUGGGCCUCUAGAGGAUGUCGUAAUUCCACGACCGAAUGAAGACUUGUCAUACAAGCCAGGUGUGGGGAAGGUGUUCUUGGUUUAUGGAGACGUCACAUCUGCCAGAAGGGCACAGCUCAUGCUGAAUGGUCGCCGUUUUGACCAAACGCGUGUAGUGUGUGCGGCUUUCUUUCCGGAGCAAAAGUUUAAGGAAGGUCACUAUACGUUGACAUGA